AUGAUCGAGAAAUCAAUCUCUUGGAUCAAUAUUUUACUGGUUUUAAUCCAAAUCAAUGAAAUUCAUGGUGAAACAUAUGCAGAUGCAUUUUAUGGACAGAUUCGAGGAAGACAACAAAGAGCAGGACGUAGUGCAGGUGUCAUAUUCUUAAUCGUACAUUCACCCAUUAUGAUGAAUUUCAAUCAACCAACAUUUCUUCCAUUGUUUUCACCUUCAUCGGCAAUCCAAACAUUCUGUAACUGUUGUUCACCAACUCCAAUCGUCCCCAUAUCUCCAACAUUAUUUUCAACAACAUAUCCUUCAGAAAUACCUCUGGUUAUCGCACCAAGUCCCGUGCCAUCAUCGAUUUCAUUGUCUCCAACAUCAUCGCUAUCGAAUAUCGAGAAUCGUUCAUCGUAUUGUUUGCCUCUUCGUUCAUCAUCGUUUGAUUUAUCAUCAUUGGUUGCAAAAGCUCGCUGGCGUCGCGAACAGUUCGGCGAAUAUCUCGAAUGCGCCUUUUGUAAGGCGAAUGGUGAGUCUUACGAUAUCUACUCUUCGCAUCGUCUUCGUGAUAAUGAAAAAAUGGUCACACUAUGCCCAAUUCUUCGUGCUCACAAAUGUCCACGUUGCCAUCUAUCCGGUGAUCAAGCGCACACCAUGAAAUAUUGUCCAAUUAAAGCUGAAACCAAAGCCAAUCGACGACUACGUGAAAUUGAAUUAGCAAUGAAAAAGAAUUAG